UAUAAUUUUCAUUUUUGGGUGAACUAACCCUUUAAUUCUCGUAACAAAUAUAGAGUCAGUUAAUUUUGUCAUUAUUUAAAAGACUAAUUGGCUACCAAUUAUCAAAAAUAGUUCAUUUUGAGGCUUAGGAAUAAGGCUAAUUAACCCCUGAGUCAUGGUAAAUUGGGAUGUUGGACUUAGAUAAAUAGGCUAGCUGCUUAUUAAAUAACUUAUCAAAUUUUGAGUUUAGACCGCCAGUUCCGGGAGACUCAUUUUUAUAAUUAUAAUCUCUCCCAGUGAAUUUAAGAAAUAAAACAUUUGAGGCUUUAGCAUCAUAUUGUGACACAUAUGGUUUAGAGUAAAAGGUGGACAAAACUCUAAAAUCUCUUUAAGGUCCUUAUAUAUUUGAUGAAUAGCAUUUCAUGUAGCCUGAUUUUUUUUUUAGUCUAAAGAAGUUGGAGGUAUUCUUUUCAUCUUCCUCCAACCAUCUUUUCCUAGACCUUAUAAAGGCUGCUUCAGCCUUCUUCUUAUAGAUGUUGUCUAAUUUGCUUAGUAAUUCUGCCAUAUUUCUUUUAUCUAUAUCUGAAAAACUAUUAGUUUCCCUUUGUUUAGGAGUGAGGUAAUUCCAAAUAUAAUUUUAUCUUCCUGUUCUUUAUUAACUUUAGCAACAUAACUGCCAACAUGUCUUAAAUAUUUAGAAGCCUCAAAUUAAAAAAAAAGUUCCCAAUUAGUGCAAUAUAUUUUUUUCUGUAUUAGCCUUUAAAAAAAAACUUAAGGCAUGUAAUCUCUAUUUUUACUGAUUCGAUUUUCAGUUAAUAAUUAUUAAGUUUCCAAGAACAUGAUUUUGCUGGACUAUAAUAGGUGGAUAUCUGCAUAUUGAUAAACAUUUGCUUUGUGGUCAGAGGGGUUGGACAUAAGUAAAGUCAACAGAAAUAUUGUGUAAAUCAUGGCUGCCUCAAGUUCACACAAGUCACCUCUGGAUGCAUCCUUAAAAAAAAGGGGCGGAGAAAAAAUAAAUCCGGGGAUUUCAACCAUAGACAUAUCUGAACUGAACUUGGCUAGAUGUAAACUUUGAAUUUGAACAGUUCUUGAGCGACGACUGAUGACGUUUCACAAGUCCACAAUAACAAACAAUAACGCAUAUUGAGAAACGACUUCGAGGCGUUUAAAAAAGGGCACUACUACUCACUUGAACACCGCGCUUUCUGAACGUCGUGCCACGCGCCAGACGCUGCAAGAGAUGAGAAGCACGAGCAAAGAGGGUUUCAAUCACAGCAGUUGUGAGGCUUCUGAAUAUAAGCUGGUCCUUCAUAGGGACUUCCACUUGAUAUCUGGAAUCCACUCUCCUGAGGUGGUGGAUCAAAUUCAUAACUUUGAGAUUCAAGACUCUGAUGUCUUUGUCAUUACUUACCCUAAAUCAGGUACUAUUUGGUUGCAGCAAAUCCUCUGUCUGAUAGAGGUUAAGGGAGAUGCUACAGCGAUAAAUGAUCAGCUGAAUUCUGACCGUAUCCCAUGGAUGGAACUUUUAAAAUCUGAGAAACAGUUUGUUUCUGCCCCUUCCCCUAGGAUCCAUGUGUCUCAUCUACCAUACAGAUUCAUGCCACUUGGAUUGAAACAAAAGAAGGGCAAGGUCAUCUAUGUGGCCAGAAAUCCAAAGGAUGUUUUGGUGUCUUACUUCCAUUUUCACAACUUUGCCAAUAUGCUGGAGACCCCAAAAGACUUUGAAGACUUUUUUGAGAAAUUCAUGGAUGGAUAUGUUUUUGGCAAUUGCUGGUUUGAGCAUAUCAAGGGCUGGUGCUCCCAAAGUGAUGAGAUGAACUUUUUGUACAUUACAUAUGAGGAGAUGAUCAAGGACUUGCGGUCAGUGGUUGAGAGGAUUGUUUCAUUCUUGGGGACAAACUUGACACCACAGCAGCUGAAUGAUGUUGUUGAGCACAGUACCUUCAAAAAUAUGAAGACCAAUCCUCAGGCCAAUUACCAGCAUGUCCCUGCCCUCCUGCUGAACCACAAGCUGGGAGCCUUUCUGAGGAAAGGAACUGUUGGUGACUGGAAGAAUUACUUCACUGUGGCACAGAAUGAGAGAUUUGAUGAAGUUUACCAAGAGAAGAUGAAAUAUUUUCCUCUUUCUUUCAUCUGGGACAUGAGUGAUCUUGUCACACCAUGAUUUAUUCAGUCUCAUCCUGUGUACUCAGCAGGGUUAAAAAAAAAAAAAAAAAAAAAGCCUAAUCCUUCUCAGCCGUAAUAUUAACAGUACAACAAAUAUCUUAUUUGUUUACUGAAUUGUAUAAAUUGUCAAAACCGAAAUGAAAUGAAUCCCAAAUAUUUACAUAAUGACACACAUUAUACAUUUAAUGUUAAUCAGAAACUCUUUAGAAGAAGAAUUUUCAUCCGAUUUCUGAGAUUUCAUUUUUCUGAAUAAAAAAAAAAAUUUGAUUUAAUAAGCUAAAGCUUUUUGCUAAACUUAUUAAUUGCCUUUUACUGUAUAUAGACAGACUAUGAAUGAUUGCAGUUGAACUCAGGUUGUAAUACCUGCCAGGUCACAUCUCUGGGAAACAUCAGCCUAAUGUAAAUCUUGAGUAAAUGAAGCCAUUCAGCAGAAUAAGAGAAUGGUGUUUUAAUAAUAUGAAUUGUGACAAAUGACACUGGGCUUGACAGUUAUGGAUAAAUAUGCUGCAACACAGAUGGUAGUGACUGAAAAAAGUUUGUGUUUAGAACUGGUGAGCUGAAGUCCUGCUCCAUGAGGCUGUUUGGCAUCUAAAUCAGUCAUGUAAAGUGGAGAGUUAACACAAUUCAGUCUUCAUCACUGCCUAAAUCCAGUGGGUUGAAAUCAGGGUCAUCCUCCUCCAAGUCCAAAUCAUCCAUGUCUUGAAACAGUGACUCAUCUACUUCUACACUAUUCCCAACUAGAAGAAAAGAGCAGAAAAUGACAACUAUGAAGGACAAUCCAGCUUACGUUUCAAAAAGCAAAUGGCAUCCUAAUAUAACUUAGAAACACAUGAAUAAUAAUUAAGAGUGCUUACCGUCCUCCAGGAACUGGAUAUCUGAUGUGUCAAGAUUAUGGUCGGUCUCAAAGAGCUGUUUUCCUGUAACAUGAAAAAGUCAAUAAACAGAACAUAAGAAAAAGUG